UUGAUUUGCAACGGGAAUAAAUGGAGGAUCAGAAGCAUAUAGUGCAGUGCAAAACGAUUCUGAAUAAGGCUCAUGACGAAUUUAACAGUAAUAAUUUUAAACAUGCAGAGGAACUGUACACAGAAUUCAUAAACCUGUGUACCAAUUCCAGCGCUUGUGACGCUAAAGACCUGGCGGUCGCUUACAAUAACCGUGGCCAGGUGAAGUACUUCAGGGUUGACUUCUAUGAGGCGAUGGACGAUUACAGUGCGGCAAUAAAGGCAAACGGUCAAUUUGAGGUGCCAUACUAUAACAGAGGGUUAAUACGUUAUAGACUCGGUUUUUUCCAGGAUGCUGAGAGUGACUUCAAGAUGGCCUUGGACAUAAAUGCUAAUUUUGAAGAUGCCAGACAAAGUUUGUCCCAGACGAUCCUCGAUCGGGAAGAAAAAAAUGAAAAGAGGCUAUUGAUGGCAGCCAGGAGGCUAUGUUUCAGUCCAACUUUACUGUGUGACAGGACAGAAAUAACUUAAUUCUGAUUGAAUUUAACAUUUGUACAUUUAUCACAACAUAAGAUUCCUCUUGCAAUAAACUUGUAUGAUCUGUGAAUUUAUUGUUAGAUUGAAUCAGGUACUGGCUUGAUCAGCUAAUUCCCAUUGAGUUGAACUUCUCAGUCUGUACUAGUAGCCUGUGGCAUUAAGUGUAUUGCACAAGAACAAAAAUGUGUUGUAGUGCCCCUUAGAGUAAAGUUGUGUUGUAAUCAAUAUUUGAUUAAUUCCACUUUAUUGAAAUGCUUUUCACAAUUGCAUUGAUGUAAUAAGUGAAUCAGUGAUUCUUAUAAAAUAGCAUAAUUCUUAUUUUUAUCUCCUUUGUCUCCUUUUCUUUCAUGUCGGUUUUAUGCUAGCAUUUGUACUUUGCUGGCACCUCUAUUCAUUAACCUUCAACAGGAGUGAUCUCUCAAGCAGGAUGAGAGUAACCAUUCGCCCA